AUGGACUUGCCUUCUGCGACAGGCAAACCGUUGUCGAGUGCAUCAAGCUUCGGACGCGCUCCGUCAUCGGCGCGAGCACCGCUCCCUGGCGGUCGCCAGAUUACUCGAAAUCGGGCAAGCUACAGCUGCCACACUUGCCGCCGGCGGAAAGUGAAGUGCGACAAGAUUCAUCCAAUCUGCGGCAAUUGUGCAAAGACAGGCACCGAGUGCACCUACGAUGUGUCGGCAUUACGCAAAGUCGACGAUAGGCGAGAUGGAUCUGAUCAGGAACCUCAUAACCUGAAAAGGCGGAGAGGGCAAUCUCGCCCAAGCUCAGAUGGCAUGGAUGACGUGCAAUCUUUGUAUGCCCGUUCCACCGAGACAGUCUCUUCAAGAAAUCCCAAGGCCAACCCGUCCGCCAUCGAAGCCCGACUUGACAAACUGAUGUCGAUGAUCGAGCGCAUUGGCGGUAGUCCUCGUUCACUGGAAGAAGCUGAGAGACAAGUUUUUGCAGAGAAGAGUGGCGUCGAUGCGACAUUCACUCAACACUUGCGGAAAGGCAGGGACAUCACUUCAUCCCGGAAAUCCAGCCCACAGCGCCGGACGGCAGACUCAAGCGGCGACGAGUUUCCGAUCCCAUCAGGCCCUGCGACUGAUCUUGUUGACCCGAUUGGGAGUCUCAACUUGGGUCACUUGAGCUUGGACGAUGGCGGGAGGUCUCGAUACGUGGGCACCACCUAUUGGGCGUAUAUAUCGCAUGAGAUCAACGACCUCAACCAACUGUUACGAAGCCAAAAUAGGUCCCAUGAAUCUUCUCCAGAAAACACGCACACGGAAAUCAACGAUCCUAUGACCGAGGUACGAGAUCGGCGCAGCGUAUCUGCGGAUAGUAUUGUCGGCUCGCCCACAUUCCACGGCCACAGCGGCUCCUUUCAGCGAUCCAUCAUAUUCCCAUCAAGCAGCUCUCCUCCAGCCCCCGAAGAGAGCAUCGAACCCGAGAUGCUUGAGCACGUCCCAACGCGCAGACAAAGCCACUUGCUAUAUAGAGGCUUCAUGUCAGGUGUGCACGCUAUCAGUCCCGUGCUCCACCCACCAACGAUACUGAAGCUCUAUUGCGCAUUUUGGGAGUGGUACGACUAUACCAGCUUUUCAGGGCAGCCGUGCCCGAACGCAUCAUUUAUCCCCCUACUUUAUGCCAUAUGGUAUGGAGGUUCUGUAACGGUGUCGCUGAAAACCAUCAAAGCCGAAUUUAAUACAUCAUCGCGCUUCACAUUGUCCUCCAGUUACAGUGAAGAGGUGACAAGAUGGUUAACCAGAAUAUCGUUCCCUCGCAGCCCCUCACUGCAUGGAUUAGCGGCGUACCUGAUUGUACAGACAAUCUUGUCGAAGGAGGAAGAACCCUUGAAAAGCAGUCUUUUCGUCAGUCUCGCAAUGCGAGUUGCUCAAACAAUGGGUCUUCACCGAGAUCCCUCAAAUUUUGGAAUCGAGGCCAGCGAAGCAGAGUAUCGCCGACGCCUUUGGUGGCACAUUAUGCAUAUGGAUGGAGUUGUUGCCAUGUCAAGUGGGCUCCCGCCGCUUGUCGGCGAUGAAAAUUACUGGGACGUACGAUAUCCCAGCGAGGUUAAAGAUACGCUGCUCGGUACGCCACUCGCAGAACAAUACGAGAAAAGCAUUACUUCGAAGGAACGGGAGCCUGAUAACCCUGAUGAUCCCUCGGUUUGUGGGGGCCCCUCCGUGGUCAACGUCUUCUACCUGACAGCGAGAGGAAAAUACAUUAUGGCUCGUGCCAUUCGAAGAAUUCUUCGGAUUCAACUUGGUAUCAAACCCGUGACUCGCAGCGACAUGGAAGAACUGCGGACGAUCCUGCUGAACCUUCAGAGCAAUUUGAAUUCCAUAGUCAGCCGAAUUCCAGAGAGCUCGGAAAAAUCUGUCUCUCCUGGGAAUGGGAACAUGAAGAGGGAGCCAUCCUUUUCCAAUUCCCCAGAUGACGAUGGGCUUGCUGAAUCAGGGCUUCCCGGUGAGGGUCCCCAUGGAUGCACGGAACAGUAUCACACAGCGGUCCUUGUCUCGUACCAUAGAUGGGCGAAGAUAAUGCUAUCGUUGUACAUUGACAAAGCAUUUUGCGUUGCUUAUCAGCCUUUCUUGAAGAACGUCCACAGCCGGAUAUGGCCCGCUGCCCGCCAGAGUGCACUUCGACAUUGUCACGGGUUCAUGGAAAAGUUUAUCGAAUUAGCAACAGAUCCGGAUUUCCAACCAUUUCAGUGGAGCUGGCCCGGCAAUCACCAGCCAAUGCAUGCAACAAUGAUAAUGCUUAUUGACUUGUACGAGAGACCAUGCAGCCCCGAGGCUGCGCGGUCUCGGGCAUUUAUUGACCGAAUCUUAGCACUAUCGGGGCCCGAUGGCGGCGUGGUAGGUGGUGAAGACGGCAUCACCACGCAACGACCGCUUAAGGAUGGUGGGCGUGAAGCGUGGGACAUGAUCCGUCGUCUACGGCAAAAAGCGUGGCAAAAAGCGGGCUUGAACCCACAGAUGUUUUGGACAGAGCAAGACCAAGCUCAUGUGAGCUUGAGGACGCCGGCAGAAGAGGCGAAUGAGAUCAGCCCUCGUCCGGUUGAGUCUAAUAAUUCUUCGGUGCAUUGCUCGUCGGAUCCUUCGUCAGCGGCGCCUCCCCGCUCGUGGUCUGUGGCCCUUGGCCGUACACCUGCCGAAUUCAAUCACAUAUUCUACAACCUCACACGUUCUCAUACGGAGUGUGGGCAAAGAAGUGCGUUGUCGACAAGUAUACCCGGCACAUCGCAACAAGAUCCAUACAACAAACUUCCCACUCCGGGCCGAACCUCUGCACCUUUCUCAACCCCACAAAACGACCCACUUCUAACAGCCGCCACAGCAGCUGAACUACAGCCAUCCUUUUCUUCCUUCCCAUCGACCACUAUACCUCCAGGGGCAUUACCGCUCACUGCGAUAUCAGCCGCUGCUCCCGAUUUCACAGAAGAAGGGAAUUUGGCCCAGUACCCUUCAAACUCCACGGUUCCACCCGUCAUGCCGUUCAUGGACUCGACUUCUCUCAACGAAGCUCAGAUGGGUGCUCCCACUCCGCCGUCCAUGGUUGAUCCAAACUUGAAUUUUGACUGGGAUCAAUGGGAUGCGGUCUUUGGGCAACAUCUUCCCGUUGCCGACGAGUUGAUGGAAUUAGACCCUGUCUCCGGCCUGGACCUUGCUAACCCGUCGAUGAUCUCGGGACCUGAACUCGUGAAUGCGCCGUUCGGUGCGAACCCGAAUGUUGUUCCUCCAGGCAGCGGAAGUAAUAUUGCGUCUCCGUGGCCCAACCACGGUCAGGAUAAUCAGCAAAUGUCGGCUGGAGACUGGGCAGGUUUCUGA